AUGGCCCUGCAGAACCUCUCACAGCCGGAGUACCAGCCGGGGCCGGCGCCCCCCGCGGGCAGCUUGCCCGGCCUGUCCAGCAUGGUGCGCUCCUUCCUGGGGCUGGUACAGCCAAAUGCCUUCCCAGCCGAACUCCUGACCAACUUGAUCCAGCAGAAAAGUGACAUUACGAACCCUGCCGUGUACAAAGAGGUGCUGGUUUACGAGGUGGGUUUCCUGGUCUGCACGGCCAUCGGCCUCCUCUUCAUCAUCCUCAUGCCCCUGGUCGGCUUUUGCUUCUGCUGCUGCCGCUGCUGCGGGAACUGCGGGGGGACGAUGUACCAGAAACAAAGCAAGCGCACGGGCUGCCGGCGCAGGGCGCUCUUCGCCUCGGUGCUGCUGGUCACCACCCUCAUCUUGGCUGGGAACGUCUGCGCUUUCAUCAGUAACAACCGCGUCUCCCGCGCCGUGAACGGCAGCUUUGGUGCCCUCAACACCACGCUGGACAACCUGGGCAUCUUCGUCCGCUCCAUCCCCCAGCAAGUGGAUUUCAUCAUCGCCUCCAGCGACGUGCCGGUGAGCCGGGCCAACGGCAGCCUCCAGAACAUCGGGCCCAUCCUGGGCGGCAGGAUCAUCUCCGAGGUGGGAGAGGAGGCGUACGGGGCGCUGGCCUCCGCCACGCUCCUGCUGGAAGUGACGGACCUGGCGGAUCGGGAGCUCCAAGCCGUGAACCAGUCAGGCCUGCGCCUGCAGCAGCUGCAGGGGGAGCUGAACCAGAACCUCAGCCGUCUGCAGGACCGGAUCAACCGGACCCUGCAGAGCUGUGACCCGCCCUGCGCCCAGGUGUCCGUCAGCGGCCUGGCCCCCGACGCCGACUUCCGCAUGGUCCCGGACGUGGGCAGCCAGCUGGAACUGCUGAAUAACCUGACCAGUGCCAACCUGAGCGCUGCCCUGCAGCAGGCCAACGAGACGCUGAACAAGACCCCCACGAGGGUAGAGGAGCAGGCGCAGAAGGUGGUGGCGGACGCACGAAGCCAGCUGGCCGAGGUCAGGCGGAAGAUUGGUGGGGUGCGGAGUGAGAUCCCGGUGCUGGACACGCUGGGGAACGUCACGGCCGCGCUGGACACCAUUGGCAGUCGGGCCAAGGACUAUGAGCCGCAGGUCGCCACCUACGACCGCUACAGGUGGAUCGUGGGCGUCUGUCUCUGCUGCGUGGUGCUGCUGAUCGUCCUGUGCUACCUGCUGGCCCUGGUGCUGGGGGCCCUCGGGCUGAAGCCGUCGGUGCUGCCCACCGAGCGCUGCUGCCUCUCCAACUCCGGCGGGGACUUCUUCAUGGCGGGGGUUGGCUUCAGCUUCCUCUUCUCCUGGCUGCUGAUGCUGCUGGUGCUGGUGACCUUCCUGCUGGGUGGCAAUGCCGACACGCUCGUCUGCCGGCCCUGGCACAGCGGGCAGCUCCUGCCGUUCCUGGAGACCUCGGACCUGACUGCGAGCUUCAACCUGUCGGAGAUGCUGGGGCUGCAGGGCGGGACGGUGACCCUCUCCAGCGUGUACAACAACUGCCAGCACAACGAGCCCCUGUGGCGAACCCUGCAGCUGGGCCGGGCCGUUUCCUUGGACGAACUGCUGAACAUCAGUCAGUACACCGGCGAGAUCACCGCCGCCUUCGACCAGCUGAACGUCAGCCUGGACCCCGUCACCUUCCUCAGCCCCAGCCAGAAGCAGCUGCUCCGGGACGUCGGCGCCUCCGGCCUGCAGCCCAACUUCACCGGCGCCCUGCAGCAGCUGGAGAGGAACGUGACGCAGCGGGACCUGCUGGCGCUGGCGGAGCAGCUGGAGGCGCUGGCCAAUGUGUCUCGCAACCUGACCAUGAGGCAGCAGCUGCAGGAGGAGGCAUCUGACCUGAGACAGAUCAAUGGGCAGAUCAGGUCCCGCUUCCUGCCGGAGAUGGAAACCCUGAACCGCAGCAUCCGAAUCCUGCAGGCGACGACCCCCAAGGUCCCGGCGCGGAUCAAUGACACGCUGCAGCGGAUCGAGGACGCUCAGACCUUCCUAGACACCAGGGCUGCGGAGAUCAUCAGCAACGAGAGCCGGGCCUUUCUGAACACGCUGCUGGGAUACUUCAAUUCCUACGUCGAUUGGGCGAAGAGCACGCUGACAGGAGAGGUGGGGCUCUGUGGGCCUGCGGCCAAGACAGUGGAUGUGGCUGCGACCGUCGCCUGCAGUUACGUGGUGGAUUCCCUGAAUGGCUUCUGGUUCAGCCUGGGCUGGUGCACGAUGUUCCUGCUCCCUGGCGUCAUCCUGGCCGUGAGGCUCGCCAAGUUCUACCGGCGCAUGAAGAUCGCCGACGUCUACGAGAGCGACGGGGAAGCCCUGGAGCUGUCUCCGUCUGCGACGCUGUUUAAAAUCCCCCGGGUGGAGACGAGGAAGUAG